ACCAAGACCUUUAGAAUGCAUAACUCUGGCUCCACCUCCAUCACCUUGCGUAUCAUCGGACUGGAGGGUGGCAGUUGUGAGGGGAGAGGCUUCGUUAUCUCUAACUGUAACAAGGACAUCACCAUUAAACCAAACCGAUCAAAGAAAAUUGAAAUAACGUUCACUCCAGAUUACACACUGACCCAAGUUUCCACCACUCUACGAUUACAAACCUCCACUGGCAACGAGUUCCUCUACCCUCUACUAGCCAUCCUCCCCCAUCAACUAUUAGCGGCGUGUAUUGCCUUACAGCCUCGGCCCAAAUGGGAGAAAACACUGGCCUGGUUGUCUGUACCGUUUUGGCUGCUUGUCAUACUCUGCCUUGUAGCUACAGUAUUCGUGCAGACCAAGUUCGGAAUGAGGAGCAGUAGUUCUGUGUCCUAUAAAAGUGAGGCGAAAGCAACGAAAGGCUCCGGAGAAGUAUUCGAUUUGAAGAAGUUGUCAAAGUCUAUGGAUGUGCUGUCCAAGAAGGUCCAGGAAUUAGGAGAGAAAAGUUCUAACCAGAAGUCUGAGUCCACUGGUCAAUCUAUGAAAAUUGAAGUAACUCGAGAGCCUCCUAAACCCUCUACCGAUAAGAACACUCCCGUAUCUAAACCUAAGCCUGAGCCGCUAGUAACCCCCACUACUGCUCAAGAAAUACCCACUCUCAGACAUCGUGUGGUACAAAACAAGAUCGAGAGAAAACCAUCAUCACAGGAAACUAUCACCUCAUUGCAACCUGUUCCGUCUAGAUCACACACGGCUGUUACUUCCACGCCGAAGGGAAUGUCCCUCAAGAUCCCCAUUGCUCCUGUUACUGAGCCGAGUGUCAUCUCCCCACCUAGAACAGGCACGGACAAUCACACUGGAGCUAGAGAGCAGACCCAACCUUGUACUCCAACUACCGGUGCACCAGCGCAACUCUGCUCAUCCCCUACCAAACUGAAGCGUAGCAGCGAGAAAACCAUCCCCGAAAAAACCGCGUCCAAAGGCGAGAUCAUUUCAAAAGCACCCACGGAAACUAAUCCGAGCUAUCCAUCAACGAAUGUGAGAAAAUCAAAAAUCGUACGAAAAUUGAAGCCUCUAAAGAUAACGCCUGAUAGUUCACCCCUCCCCCCGUCCGGACGGAAGGAGCUGGAGAGGAAGGUCUCGGAGAGUAGCAUUGUUUCUAGCAACAGUGAUUCGGCAUCUACGGGUACCGACAAGUCGGAGGAAGUGGAAACACCUAGCCAGGUGGUAACUGUGGUAGCUGAAGUGAAGAAGCCUCCACCACCUGUCACCAAGGAGCCCAACACUGGCCAGACCAUCCAUCCUCCCGACACGCCCGAGAGUACAGAGGUCAUGUCACCAAGAACAGAACUGGUCGACAAGAAAGAACCACCGAUUAGUACCGUUCGGAUGAAAGGAAAGAGGAAACCUUGACAAC